AAAAUGAUAUCAGUUGCCCGCUAUAUCCAUUGUGUUGGAUGGGAACUUAAUUUUGAAUACAUGAUUUAUGAAUAUUGCUGUACAGUUGUAGCCCAUUUGGCAUAAUAAUCUAAAAAAAAAAAAAAAAAAAUGUUGCCCACUAUAGCCAUUGUGUUGGAUGGUAACUAGAUUCUGAAUUCAUGAUUAAUAUGUGUUGAUAUACCGUUCUUAGCCCAUUUGGCUAUAAAAAAGUAUAAUAAUAAUAAUAAUGAUACUAAUAAUGAUAAUAAAAGAAAACAAAAAAAGGUUGCCCACUAUAUCCAUUGUGUUGGAUGGUGACCGAAUUUUGAACAUGUGUGCUGCCAAAGUGGAAAUUCGUUUUCCUGUUGGACAGUUUGUUCCGGGCUAGCAAAAAAUUAACUUAUAUGUUAGUAUACUUUAUGCCAAAUUGUUAGGUUUGCAGUUGAAUAUGCUAGAUAAUGCCACGAGCAAAACGUCAAGAAACCAACGGGUCACCGAAGCGCAUUCCAGGUGAUACAGCCGCACCGCCACGCCAACCUGCCGUUUCAGUCCCACAACCGGUUGACCUGAACCCGCAACAACUUAAGGUUGUGGCAAACCGUGUUGCAGAACACCUUCGUCCUAUGUUUGCGCAGCAAAGGAGCAAUUUGGCUGAUGAUUCGGCUGCACAGUCAGACGGUGUUGAACAAAAUGGUAUUCGUCAGUUGGACCGCGGGGAAACCUUAGACAGCCAAAACCGGCAUCUACAAGAGGGUCACUUAGACCUCCAUUCCCUCGCCAAUACCCCUAUUAACCUAGCAGUUUUAAAAGUAUAUCUUUCUUUAUAUCCCAAUAAACAAUUAGCAGAUGAACUUUUGGAAGGUUUUACCAAUGGGUUUCGUUUACAAUAUCAGGGUCCUAGAGUCCCAACUUCUUGUCAGAAUUUAAUUUCCGUUAGGAAAAACCCUGCUCUUGCUUAUGAGAAAGUAAGGAAGGAAGUGCAGUUAGGCAGGAUUGCUGGUCCUUUUAAAGAAAAGCCUUUUCCAAAUUUAAGGCAGUCCACAAUAGGUCUUGUGCCCAAAAAAGAUGGUAGCUCGAGGCUUAUACAUCAUCUUUCCUACCCACAGGGUUCAAGUUUGAAUGAUUUUAUUGAUCCAGCUUCUUCCUCAGUUCAUUACACAUCUAUAGACAGGGUAGUUGAGGCUGUUGUUACGCUAGGGCGAUCUUGUGAAAUGGCCAAAGUGGACAUCAAAUCUGCCUUUCGUCUCUUGCCUGUCCAUAAAGAUGAUUUUGAACUAUUAGGCUUCCAAUUAGGAGGCGUUUAUUUUGAGGACAAGGCUUUACUUAUGGGUUGCGCAAUCUCAUGCUGCCUGUGGGAAAAAUUUGCUACUUUCUUACAAUGGCUGGUUAGGUACAAAAGCAAAUCCGAAAGUCUGUUUCAUUACUUGGAUGAUUAUAUUUGUCUGGCUUGCUCUAAUUCAGGUGAAUGUAUGGCCAUUAAAACCGGUUACUGAAGGAGCCCCGAUCCUGUUGUGGAGACCCGUCUUUAGCUAAUGUCUUGUUGGUAUAUUAAUAUACUUGUUGUAAUUUAAACUACUUUUGGGUCCUUUCAGUUCUGCAUGCGGAAGGAGGUCGUUUCCAGAUAAAUGUCAGAGUUGUUUUUUAUUUCUAAUCGAAGGAAUCCUCGAUUGUUUAUACUUGCCGAUGUUAAAUAACCCACCCUCCACACCUCUUUAUUUGCUUGUUAGAUGCUCUCCGUGUUUUCCUUUUGCUUUAUAGUUUCAGAUACAUCUUACGUGUUCAAGUUCGACCUACCCACUUUCUUGCCUUCAAUCGUUACAGCUUCAUAUGCAAUACUGACAUUAUAUGGAGGAAUACUGAGUGUUUUCACAUGUUUAAUUGUGGACAGUGUUUGAUUUCCUUUACUGUGAAAUAUGUAGGUAAAAUGUAUGAACGUUUAAUUUGUUUCUUUUUACGUAUGUCUGUUUACAUGUUCCUGAUCUCCGUUGUAUUCUGAUCCCAGGUUCGGCGGUUAGGUCAGCCUCCACCAGUAUAUAUCUUAACUUUGUGUAAUAAGAAUUUUGUUUGUUUCAAGUAUACUGUAUUAGGCCUCUGUUCCCAGGGCCUCGACAUCUGCAUUUUUAACCAUAUACUUUAUAUCAUAUGUAUUUGUGUAUUUACAUUUAUGUGAAGCUGUGACCAAUUUCUGCCAAACAUAAUCUAAACGAAAUUAGAUAUUAAUUGCCAUAACACUUUGUUAAUAGUAAAUUUAAUGUAAUCAUA